ACGAAAUUCGAAACUGUUCAAUUUUGCUAGACGCAAGUGUAUAAACAUUUAUUAUGACGGAGGUGUGUGCAACGUACAUCUGAAAUUGGCGCAUUAGUUUUCAUGUGCGAACGGAGAGAUGAAGUGCAUUUCCAUUUCCAUUCUUCAGAUAGUCGUUGUAUUUACAACGACAAUAAAUGGCGGCUUCACCAACGAGCCUUGUUCUCGCAGGAACACAGCCUAUUUAUCAAUUUCUUCAGCGAUAAUCCCAUCAGCAUCGGUUCAAUGCAUAGACAUAACGGGAAUGGCUAAAGAUCCACCACUACUGGCUGACAUCAUACUUUCCCGUUUAAAAUAUUUGACAAAGGCCGACACAGUUUUCGCCAACGACAUGAAGCUGAAACGUUUUCCCAAAGACCUUAUACGUUUGAAGAAUUUAACUUUCGUUGAUUUGUCCAAGAAUUAUCUGAGGCGUGUGCCUCAAGCAAUGAACAGACUCUUACCCAAACUACAGACCUUAAUUUUGACCAACAACAAAAUUCAAGCGAAGCCCACGAAAAAUUUGUUCAAAUCUCGCAGCAUCAAAACGUUGAUGCUGAGUGACAACAACAUAAAAACAAUAGGGUUGCAGACUUUUGCCGCUAUGCCUUCGUUGGAAGUGUUAUAUCUGGACAGCAACAAAAUCGAAGUGCUCAGUCCCGAUGUCUUCAAAUCCGUGCGACGAUUGAAGUUCCUCCACCUCGGAAACAAUUUAAUAUCGCACCCAUUGUCGUUUCAGGAUGUUUUACCUAAUUUGAAAAAGUGUAUACUUAAAGGAAAUAAAAUUAAAUAAUACCGCA